GCCUUGCGCAUGCGCGCAAGAGAGCGGGAAGCCGAGCUGGGCGAGAAGUCGAGGAGGGAGGAGGGCGGUGCUCCGCCGCGGUGGCGGUUGCUGUCGCUUCGCAGAACCUACUCGGGCAGCCUGCUGAGAAGAGUUGAAGGGAAGUGCGGCUGCUGGGUCUGCAGACGCGAUGGAUAACGUGCAGCCGAAAAUAAAACAUCGCCCCUUCUGCUUCAGUGUGAAAGGCCACGUGAAGAUGCUGAGGCUGGCACUAACUGUGACAUCUAUGACCUUUUUUAUCAUCGCACAAGCCCCUGAACCAUAUAUUGUUAUCACUGGAUUUGAAGUCACCGUUAUCUUAUUUUUCAUACUUUUAUAUAUACUCAGACUUGAUCGAUUAAUGAAGUGGUUAUUUUGGCCUUUGCUUGAUAUUAUCAACUCACUGGUAACAACAGUAUUCAUGCUCAUCGUAUCUGUGUUGGCACUGAUACCAGAAACCACAACAUUGACAGUUGGUGGAGGGGCAAGUAUUUAGAAAACUUAGCAAUGAGGAGAAUAAGAUGAUCUCUGAAGUCUCUCCAUGUUGGUAUUAGAUGAAGCACAGGGAGCAAUCCGAGUACCCUAGCAAGAGAGGAAUCUGGUGGGCAGACCACUUAAAACUUGUGUGAAUGACAGAGUGGGAACCAUGGUUAGGGCAGUGACGCGUGUCUUUCUUUCCAGGUGUUUGCACUUGUGACAGCAGUAUGCUGUCUUGCCGACGGGGCCCUUAUUUACCGGAAGCUUCUAUUCAAUCCCAGCGGUCCUUACCAGAAAAAGCCUGUGCAUGAAAAAAAAGAAGUUUUGUAAUUUUAUAUUACUUUUUAGUUUGAUACUAAGUAUUAAACAUAUUUCUGUAUUCUUCCA